GGUUGAUGGGUGGUGGAGCUUGGUUGGCUGGCCUAAAAUAGUACAAUUUGGAACAAACUAUAAGCUCCACCCACAAAUUUAGAGGGAAAAAAUUAAAAUGGCAUUGUGAUUCUAUUCAAGUUAAACAAUACAUCUUUCUCUUCUUCUGCCGGAUUUGUCAUUGUUAUUUUGACAAAUCCAUGGCGGAAAAGGGUGUGCCAUUGCCAAAGUUUGGAGAAUGGGAUCUAAACGAUCCAGCAUCAGCUGAGGGAUAUACUGUGAUAUUCAACAAAGCCAGGAAUGAGAAGAAGACUGGUGUUAAGAUUGAUUCACCAUCCAAGGAUUAUCACAAAACCAAAUAUAAACAAGUUGUUCUUGGCAAACCUCAAUCUAAAAAAUGGUUUUGCUGCGUAAGUCCGUCUGGCAGAGAAUCAUAAGGCUUUCGAAAUCAACAUAAUUUCCAGAAAUCUAGAGCUCAAUUAAAGCUAGGAUGGUGUACUUCUGGAAUCUUUGAGCUUGGAAUAAUAAUAAUAAUAAUUAGUAGAUAAUACAUUAUAUAUAUAUAUAUAUUUAUGAUUUCUGGUGAAUGAAUUAUCACAGGCAUUUUUACCUCAAUA